AUGUCGGUAUCGAUGCUUCUCUUCAUUAUACUAUCUGUGGCCGCUCCUGUGCUCCUUGCUGAGACUCACCAGGAAGCCAUAUACGACGCCGAACCUGCCACAUCUCAAGCGCAAACUCCGUUAUUUGCCGAGGCCAACAAGUGCAUAGCACCCUAUUUGGAUUCGCAGGAAACAUACGAUGCUUGCUAUCCUGGAUUUGACCAGGCAACAGUAUUUUCAGAUGGCACACGAUACGCCAUCCACUGCCAUCUUUUAUUUGAAUUGGAUCCUACACCACAGCAUGAGUUUAGCGACCCAGCCAGCUGUGCAAGGCAGUGCACCAGAGCACCUGGCUGCAAAGGUUCACACUGGGAUCGUUUGAAGACAUGUGUUUUGCUGUCCAAGAACCUCAGGACUGAAAAAAGACCUGGUGAUUUUGUGACAAUGAUGCGAGGACAAGAGUCUCUAGCCGAUAAAUAUGAGGCAGAGAUUGAGCAGAACAGGUUGGAGGCACGGUUGUAUCGGAGGUUCACCGAAAUUCUGGGGCGGAAAAUCGGGUCCUGUGAGGACCUCCUUGCACGGGCUUUCGGACACAGGGAUAGAGCAUUAAACGCUGUAUUUCAAAACGCAUUACUGGAUACUCGGGACGCCAAAUACAGAAUGUAUUUUGGAAUGAGGUUUACCGUGGGGAUCGUCGUGCAGAAUUUCUAUUCGCUUGAACACCAUACAUUUACCAGCUGCCUGAGCGCUUGCUCAAGAGACGAUGAUUGUAAAGCCACCGAAUAUGAUCCCGAAACAAACAGUUGUCUGCUUGUGACCAAAUGGAACAACCCUGAGAACGCCAUUCCAGAUCUCUUUCACGGCACACGCAUCAGUACUACCCUGGUAGGACGGAAAUGGGAAGUUGUUUUAGCAAGCAAAGCCCGCAAAGUCCUCGAGGCCAUCCAUCGAGUUCUUUCAACCAUGUGA